AUGAGCACGGCUGCCGGCACGGAGAGGGUGCGACAGUACUUCCUUUCUUGUGGCGCCGACCACCUCAUCUCGAGAAUGCGUGAGUUCCCUGCGAGCAGUGCGACCGUUGAGCUCGCCGCGCAGCAGCUCAACUGCACCCCCUCCAUGAUCGCCAAGAGCAUCAGCUUCACGCUCCUCAAGAAGAAGGAGGGUGUGAACUAUCAGCCACUCCUCAUUAUUGCCUCGGGUGACGCGAAGAUCGACGCGAAGAAAUACCGCGCGAAGUUUGAGCGCCGGCCGGAGAUGAUUAAACGCGAGGAUGUCGACGCGGCGAUCGGCUUCGCAGCCGGCGGCGUCUGCCCCUUUGGCGUGAAUGACGGCGUGCGUGUGUACCUUGACGUUUCGCUGCGCCGCUUUCCGAUGGUGUACCCGGCAGCGGGAGCGGCGAACAGCGUAGUUCUGAUGAGUAUUGAAGAGCUGGAGCAGUACUCACACUUCGUUGAGUGGAUUGACGUCUGCGACGGGUGGACGCGCGACGAGACGGCAAACGGUGAGACGGAGGCGUCACCGCAGCAGGAGCAACAACAAUGA